GAGAUGCUGAAGGACGAGGUGCGCACGCUCACCUACCGGAACUCCAUGUUCCACAACCGCCACCUCUUCAAGGACAAGGUUGUGCUGGACGUGGGCAGCGGCACCGGGAUCCUCUGCAUGUUCGCGGCCAAGGCGGGGGCCAGGAGGGUCAUUGGGAUCGAGUGUUCCAGCAUCUCCGACUACGCCGUCAAGAUCAUCAAAGCCAAUAAACUGGAUCAUGUGAUCUCCAUCAUCAAGGGCAAGGUGGAGGAGGUGGAGCUGCCGGUGGCCAAGGUGGACGUGAUCAUCAGCGAGUGGAUGGGCUACUGCCUGUUCUACGAGUCCAUGCUGAACACGGUCAUCUACGCGCGGGACAAGUGGCUGAUCCCCGAUGGCCUCAUCUUCCCCGACCGCGCCACCCUCUACGUGACGGCCAUCGAGGACCGGCAGUACAAGGACUACAAGAUCCAUUGGUGGGAGAACGUCUAUGGCUUCGACAUGUCGUGCAUCAAGGACGUGGCCAUCAGGGAGCCCUUGGUGGACGUCGUGGACCCCAAGCAGCUCGUGACCAACGCCUGCCUCAUCAAGGAGGUGGACAUCUCGGUGGUGAAGGCGGAGGACCUGAGCUUCACGGCCCCGUUCUGCCUGCAGGUGAAGCGCAACGACUACGUCCACGCGCUCGUCGCCUACUUCAGCAUCGAGUUCACGCGCUGCCACAAGCGCACCGGCUUCUCCACCAGCCCGGAGUCGCCCUACACGCACUGGAAGCAGACGGUGUUCUACAUGGAGGAUUACCUGACCGUCAAGAGCGGCGAGGAGAUCUUCGGCACCAUCACCAUGAAACCCAACGCCAAGAACAACCGCGACCUGGACUUCACCAUUGACCUGGACUUCAAGGGGCAGCUCUGCGAGCUCUCCUGCUCCACCGACUACCGCAUGCGUUAGGGGGGACCCCAAAACGGGGGGGACCCC